CUAUCUGUUGUUUGGUCCAAAGACCAAUCUGUAAAGAAUCAUGAGGCAUGAACACAGAAGACGUAGAAGCUGAGGUCACUUCACAGACCAGACAACACCCAAGCUUUGCUUCAUGGACAAUGGCUUUUCCCCAAAUCCCUUGGAGGCAAGAGUAGGAUAGAUCAACAAUGGAGUGUCUGCAUGAGUUACAGCACCCCCUACUGGACAGGUCUGUGGGGUCAGGCAUGCUGACCCCUCUCCUCUCCAAAGACAGCGGAGGAGGAGGAUUCAUUUGGAAAUGUCUACCACAUCGCUCCCAGCAGGGAGCAGAACUCAGCCAACAAUUCCUGGACCCAGGAAGCCUGCGCAGGACUGUAGAUUCUGGAAGCGGGAGUUUUGCAGAUGUGGCUUUUUGGAGGUCAACUGAUCCCCGAAUCUGGCGGGGAAAAGACUAUUCCGAGACCACCUUUGUGGACCCUCAGCGAAGCCCUGAUAUGUGUAAGAAGUUACUGUUUACCCCAGAGAAGGACAUUCACACUGUAUCAUGUGACGUGAAGGAGGACGACGUACUGGACCUUGAAAAUGAUUCCUCCAGCGAAAGCGACACCGACAGUGAGAGUCACUUUUCCCUGCUCUUCCCCCAGGAUUACUUGGGCCUAGCCGUAUUCUCUAUGCUCUGCUGUUUCUGGCCCCUGGGCAUUGCUGCCUUCUUCCUGUCACAAAAGACCAACAAAGCUUCAGCUCAAGGUGACUACCAUGGGGCCAUCGUGGCCUCCCGACAGACAUUCUUGUUGGCGGUUCUCUCGAUCUUCCUGGGCAUUUGCACCUAUGUGGGUGCUGUGGUGGCCCUGAUUGCCUAUCUGUCCAAUAGAGCCCCCACCUAGAGGACCAAAUGUUGGAUUGGACAGCCAGACUUCUCAUUAUCAUGACUAGAACCCUCCUGUCUGCUGGUUACCCAGAAAACAACAAAGAUAAAGAUUGGGGGUUCAAUGGAAAUCUACUUUUUUUUUUUUCUUCAUUUUACUUUAUUCAGAUGUGAAAAAAUCGAAAGUGUCCUGAUGCAUCUCAUACUCCAGCCAGUUCCCUGUGGAAGAACUCUGGGCAUUGUGCAAAAAAGGUCCACAUGUAUAUUCACUGGAAAUUUGGAAAGCUUAUUUUUAAAUUGUGCAAUGUGUAAUUCUCUGUAAUCCUUUAUAAUAAAGUCCCAUCAUUCCGUA